AUGGCUCCCAAACUCAAGAUUGCUGCCAUCCAAGCUGAGCCGGCCUGGAAUGAUCUUGAAGGAGGCGUUACCAAGUCCAUCGCACUGAUUGAAGAAGCUGCGAAGCAGGGCGCCAAUGUUGUCGGCUUUCCUGAGGUCUUUAUUCCUGGGUAUCCAUGGGGCACAAGGAGCAUCUGGGCCAAGUCUCCAACUGACAAUGCAGCUUUCAUGGACGAGUAUUUCCGCAAUUCUCUUGAGAAAGACUCGGACGAAAUGAAGCGAAUUUGUGCGGCUGUCAAGGAGGCAGGCAUCUUCGUCGUGCUCGGCUAUAGUGAACGGUAUAGAGGAACUCUGUACAUCGCACAGUCCUUCAUCGAUGAGAAUGGAGACAUCGUGCACCACCGCCGCAAGAUCAAGCCAACACACGUCGAACGUGCCUACUGGGGUGACGGCCAAGGUGAAUCACUGCAGAGUGUUGCACCAAGUACGGUAUUCCCAAAAGUCAAAAUCGGUGGCCUGAAUUGCUGGGAGCAUACUCAAACUCUUCUGCGAUACUACGAAUACGAACAGGACGUGGACCUGCACGUAUCUAGCUGGCCGCCUCUGUGGCCGCACCCUCUCAAGGACGGCAAGCCCGAUCCGGAUUGGCCGGGUCACAUCACCGAUGAUAUUAGUCUGACAUUUUCGCAAAUUCUUGCUCUCGAAGGCACUUGUUUCGUCAUGGUGUGCACGCAGGUUGUCAGUGAAGAAUCGAAGAAGCGUUGUCGCCUGGACGAGUUCGGAUACGCCACCAAUAAGUCUGGUAGCGGUGGUGGCUUUAGCAUGAUCUAUUCUCCUUGGGGUCAAGAGCUAGUCAAGCGCCUCCCGCCCGGCGAAGAGGGCAUCUUGUAUGCUGAUGUUGAUCUCGCGGAGAAGGUCAAAGCGAAGCAGAACCUUGACACCGUUGGACAUUACUGCCGGCCCGAUCAGCUUAGCCUACGCGUGAACAGGUAUCCCGCCAGGCCUGUAUUCUAUGCAGCUGAGCCCUGA